AUGCACAGAACACGAAGUCUUGUUACUGGCUUGCUGCCUCUCAUACCUGGGGCAGCACCUGAACGAUUAGCUGUUUGGCUUGUCAAAGGUUAUGUUCAGAACUCAUCAGCAAGAGCACCGCUGGCUGCCUUGAACAUCAGGCAAUACUCCGCAGCACCACCUCCACCUUCACAGGCUGCUGCUGAACCUUUCCUCAAUGGAUCUUCAUCAGUCUAUGUUGAGGAAAUGUACAACUCUUGGUUGCAAGAUCCCAAAAGUGUUCAUGCAUCAUGGGACUCUUUCUUUCGAAAUGCCAGCGCGGGUGCUGCUCCCGGCCAGGCCUAUCAGGCACCACCAUCCUUGGCUGUGCCAGGCAGACACGAAAUUCCAAUCACAGCUUUAGUGCCGCAAAUGUCGAUGUCAGGUGUUUCCACCGGUCUCCCAAUCGAUGAAAAAAUGAUUGACGAUCAUCUAGCUGUUCAAGCUAUCAUCCGUUCCUAUCAGAUUCGAGGACACUUUGGUGCCUUUCUGGAUCCUAUUCAAAUUGAGGGUCCCAAAGAUUUAAACGAGAGGUUAAAACGAGAGACUCACUUGGGGAAGUUCUUGCCCGAGGCAGAGGAAAAGGAUAUGGACCGAAUUUUCAAACUGCCAGCCACCACCUACAUCGGGAAGCCGGACGAGCGAGCACUGCCACUCAGAGAGAUCCUCAGCCGACUGGAGGCGGCCUAUUGCCGUCACAUUGGUGUCGAGUUUAUGUUCAUCAACUCUUUGGAGCAAUGCAACUGGAUUCGGAAGCGUUUCGAGACGCCCGGCGCCAUGAGUCUGGACGCCGAAGGCAAAAGACUCCUCCUGGCCCGUGUCACACGUGCGGCCGGAUUUGAGGCUUUCUUGGCACGAAAAUGGACGUCCGAGAAACGUUUCGGCCUAGAGGGUUGCGAAAUGCUUAUUCCGGCCAUGAAGACCAUUAUCGACAAAUCCAGCGAGUUGGGAGUCGAGUCGAUCAUCAUGGGAAUGCCCCAUCGAGGACGCUUGAACGUUUUGGCCAACGUCUGUCGCAAGCCUCUCGAACAAAUCUUUGCUCAGUUCGCCGGAUUGGAAGCCGCCGAUGAUGGAUCUGGAGACGUCAAAUAUCACUUGGGCACGUACAUUGAGCGAUUGAAUCGCGUGACGAAUAAGAACAUCCGUUUAGCCGUUGUGGCUAAUCCGUCGCAUUUGGAGGCCGUCGACACGAUCGUGCAGGGAAAGACGCGCGCCGAGCAGUUCUACAAGGGCGACAGCGAAGGCAAAAAGACGAUGUCGAUUCUUCUGCACGGCGACGCCGCUUUCUCUGGCCAGGGCAUCGUGUACGAGACGUUCACUUUGUCUGAUUUGCCCGACUACACGACCCGCGGCACGAUUCACAUCGUGGCCAACAACCAGAUUGGUUUCACCACUGAUCCCCGCCAUUCACGUUCGUCGCCCUAUUGCACGGACGUGGCCCGCGUCGUCAAUGCCCCCAUUUUCCACGUCAACGCCGACGAUCCCGAAGCCGUCAUGCACGUUUGCAAAGUGGCCGCAGAGUGGCGCGCUACUUUCCACAAGGAUGUCGUGGUCGAUUUGGUGUCGUACCGUCGCGGUGGACACAACGAGAUCGACGAGCCAAUGUUUACGCAACCGCUGAUGUACAGCAAGAUCCGCAAAAUGAAGAGCGUCAUGGAAAAGUACAGCGCCAAGCUGAUCGAGGAGGGAACCGUCACCAAGGAAGAGGUCGACGAUGUCCGUAAUAAAUACGAGAAAAUCUGCGAAGAGGCCUACGUCAAAGCCCAGAAAGAAACUCAAAUCCGCUACAAGGAUUGGCUGGAUUCACCCUGGUCCGGUUUCUUCGAAGGCAAGAACCCGCUGAAGAUGGGCAAUACCGGCGUCAUUGAAGAGACUUUGAAGCACAUUGGCAAGCGCUUUUCCAGCACGCCACCCAACGCUGCCGAAUUUGUCGUCCACAAGGGUAUCGAGCGCAUCCUGCGCGCCCGUAUGGAGAUGGUCGAGACCCGCACGGUCGACUGGGCCCUCGGCGAGGCCAUGGCUUUCGGUUCUUUGCUCAAGGAAGGCAUUCACGUCCGCCUGUCUGGCCAGGAUGUGGAGCGCGGCACGUUCAGUCACCGCCAUCACGUCCUGCACCACCAAACGUCCGACAAGUCGACCUACAAGCCGCUGUGCAACCUGUACCCCGACCAGGCCCCUUACACCGUCUGCAACAGCUCGCUGUCGGAAUUUGGCGUCCUCGGCUUCGAACUGGGUUACUCGAUGACCAAUCCCAACGCCCUCGUCUGCUGGGAAGCUCAAUUUGGCGAUUUCUUCAACACGGCCCAGUGCAUCAUUGACCAGUUUAUCGCCUCGGGACAGUCCAAGUGGGUCCGACAGUCUGGCAUCGUCCUCCUUCUGCCGCACGGAAUGGAAGGUAUGGGUCCGGAACACUCGUCGGCUCGUCCGGAGCGUUUCCUGCACGCCUGCUCUGAAGACCCGGAGACUUUCCCGGCCGAAACGGAAGAGUUCGCCAUCCGUCAGCUGCACGACACGAACAUGAUUGUGGCCAACUGCUCGACUCCGGCCAAUUAUUUCCACAUCCUCCGCCGCCAGAUUGCCAUGCCUUUCCGCAAGCCGCUCAUCAUCUUCACCCCGAAGAGCUUGCUCCGUCACCCGGAAGCCAAAUCCUCGUUUGACGACAUGGUCGAGACGACCGGGUUCAAGCGAGUCAUCCCGGAGGCCGGUAUCGCCGCCAGCCAGCCGGAAGCCGUCCGCAAGGUCAUUUUCUGCUCCGGCAAGAUCUACUACGAGCUGAAGAAGGCCCGCGAGGAUCGCGGACUGGACAGCGCCGUGGCCAUCACCCGGAUCGAGCAGAUUUGCCCGUUCCCGUUCGACCUGAUCCGCGACGAGAUCAACAAGUACCCCAACGCCGAGUUGAAGUGGGCCCAGGAAGAGCACAAGAACAUGGGCGUCUGGUCUUUUGUCCAGCCCCGUUUCCACACGGCCAUGCAGGGCUCUAGCGAGCGACGCCUUAGUUACGUCGGUCGCGGAGUUUCUGCUUCACCGGCUACCGGAAGCAAAAGACAACAUUUGAAGGAAGCCGCCCAGCUGCUGGAGGACGCUUUCGCCGGAUUCCCAAAAGAAUUUAGUGAAAAGAAGCAAUACGAAGAAGAAGAAGAAGAGGAAUAG